AUGCCUGCUGCCUGCUGCCAGUUCGGUAUCCUGCCUGCUGCCGGCCUCCUCUUCUUCUUGCCGUUGUUGUUGUUGCCGCUGCAGUCAGUAGAUUACGAGCUGCCUUCUACCCUUGCCCGCUACUUACCCUUACAACCUACUACUUUACUACUUUGA